UACUAUUCACAAUAGUCAGUCUCUCAUCCGCCGCAGCCCUCCGACGAAAGCAUGUCCCAUAUCGACGAAGCCACUUAUAAGAAGCUCUAUCCGCUGAGGUUUUACAAGGAUGGUAAGACGGGUGUGUUUUGGGAUGUGGAGGAUUACCCAAUCCCAGAUGGUCUCGAUCCUGCUUCGAUUUACCAGAGUAUCAAAGAGGCUGUCAAGAAGCAUGGUUGUGAUGCGGAGGUGACGAUUCAUGCUUAUGCUGAUGAUAAUACGUUCUCGGAUGAACUGCGUCGUCAAUUUAGUGAUGGUGGAUUCAAAUUCGAAGUCUCGACCGCCGAAGGGGGUAAAUAUGCGAUACAUUGCGCCAUGUAUGCUGACAUUAUGAUUUGGACACUGGAAAAUCCUACACCAUCAAAUCUGGUUGUGCUCGCAAACAUAAUGGAAGACGACAUUGGUGAAGGUAUUGGAUGUUUGACUACUGUCUGGUUCUAUGGUGUUCUCUUAUCCCAAGCUAAGCCAAAAUGGCGAUUACCUGUUGGAAGCGCACCCUCGUUUUUGACAAGCAUAUUUGAUGGAGGAGAGGAGAUAUUUAGCGGAAGCUCACAAGACAACGUAAGCGGAAGCUAAGCUAGCGGAUACUCUCUGCCUGAUUCCGAGUAGUAACUUUUUGUAUAUCUAUCUCAAUAGGGAUGUAGGAUGUUCUAUGUUAUUGUCUUGGUGCUGAUAUAUAUUAUUAGUUGAUGUCAAGGCUUUUUUUUUUUUGGAUGUGACGAGAGGGUUGGAAACAUUUUUAUUAUUGUUUAGCUAUUAUAAUAUUAAUGUGGUUUUCGACCAUCUUUACUGUGGUUGUACUUGUUCUUGGGACUUGAAUAAACGGAAGUGGUGGAGGAAAUUGGAGGUCA